AUGACCAAGUGUUUUAGAAAGCUUCAGAUCAAACUUGGAAUUCGUAGACCCCCCUGGCCCGAAAAUCGUGAGAUUCCCGUUGGUCCAAUAUCCCAGUCGAAAUUUGUGUCUGAACCCUGGUCACUGAAAAAACUUUAUGGGAAUAACGAAAUUAGCACAUCGCGAUACACUUGGUAUGGCUUUGUUUUUCAGAAUCUUGAGGAGCAAGCUCAAAGAAUCGCAAAUUUUUAUUUUUUAUGCAUUGCUAUUGUCCAACUGUUUACGGACUCCCCAGUUUCUCCUGUGACAUCCAUUUUGCCAUUAGCGUUUGUGAUACUUCUUACUAUGGUGAAGCAGGGCUAUGAAGACUUUCUACGCCACAGAGCUGACCGAGAAAUUAACAACUCCCCAGUUCAGCUUGUAAACUCUGAUGGGACGCUUGUAACGAAAAAAGCAUUUGAAAUUUCUGUAGGCGACAUUGUUUUACAAAGGGCAAACGACACCUUUCCUUGUGAUUUGGUUUUACUUAGUUCCAGUGAAAGUAACGGCGAGUGUUACGUGACAACUGCCAGUCUGGAUGGGGAGACUAACCUUAAGCGCUUUGUUGCCAUAUCUGCUACGAAGAAUCUCGACUCCCCAGAAACAUUGGCAACGCAAUUAGAAGGGAGCAUAACAUGUCAACAACCAGUUGAUGACUUCUACAAAUUUUACGGCAAGAUUACUCUCCGCAUUAAUGGUUCAGAGUUCACGGAGCCACUGGGUCCUGAAUGUCUACUUCUUCGUGGAGCAAGACUACGUGACACCGAUUUUAUUUACGGUGUUGCAGUUUACACAGGUCCAGAUACUAAAAUGUCCCUCAACUCCAAGGGAAAGCAGACGAAAUACUCACAGGUUGAACGACAAUUGAAUACCUUCCUUUUGGUUAUUUUGGGUAUCCUGGUAACAAUUGCUAUUCUCUACACCAUUUUGCAAUUCACACUACGUCCCACCUCCGCCUGGUACAUCACCUUAGUCAGGCCAACCACUUGGAUUAUUGUGCAGGAAUUCUUGGGUUUUCUGGUCCUCUUCAAUUACAUCAUUCCCAUUUCUCUUUACGUAACAAUUGAGUUCCAGAAGUUUUUCGGUUCCAUUUUUUUUGGUUGGGACAUACAGAUGUAUGACGAGGACAUUGAGGAACCGGCUCUGGUCAACACCUCUGACAUACUUGAGGAGCUUGGUCAAGUGGAAUAUUUGUUUUCUGAUAAGACCGGCACUCUGACAGAGAACUGCAUGGUCUUUCAACGCUUCUCUGUUUCCAGCGGGACUUACUACGCGCGCGAUAAUCGACUCUUUCCUUUGGUCACUCAAAGAGUCUCCUCAAUAGCUGACAUUCAGUCACCACGCACCUCCGGAAUAGGCAUAAAGCCGACAGAGAUGUCAGAAGACGCCCAAAUUCUCUUCCUAAUUCUGGCACUCUGUCAUACUGUGCGUGUGGAACGAGAGGUUGAACAGGUUGGUCGCACAACUGGUGACCCUUCAAAACAUCGGAGUGGACUGGAGACGGGAAAAAAGAUGCUGAAAAAACCACUCAAACUCAUCACGGACAUAAAGGUGCGAAAAGCACCACCUCGACGUCAGGCCAGCAUCAUGCGUCGCUUCUCUGCCAUGCAGUCAGCGGAAGACGCAAUUUCUAGUUUACGACGUGGAACAGGUGUCACAAAGACCAAUUAUGACUACCAGGCGUCGUCACCCGAUGAAAAGGCGUUUGUAGAGAGCUGCCGUGAUUUCGGUAUUGUCUACCACGGAGUGGAUCCAAGUGGCUUUCAUGUUGUGACAGUGUUUGAUCAGACGGGUACACGUUAUCGUGUUUUGGAUGUCUUGGGAUUUGACUCAGAUCGAAAGUGUAUGUCAGUGGUUUUACAAGCUGUUCGAGAGCACGGAAUGACCACCUCGACUGAAUUUGAUCGUAAUCAAGGCGUUGUCAUACUUUGCAAGGGUGCUGAGACAAGCAUUCUACCGAGAUGUGGACGCAUUGAGCAUAUGCCACUCCCUCCAGCCAUCAGUGCCAAAUCCACCUCCGACGACCUUUUAUCCAGUAGACUAUUUGGAAGUCUCGAGAAUCUUCAAAAAUACUCUCUGACACCGGAUUAUGUGAUGGCAAGAGUGACAGAUUUUGCUUCAGCAGGUCUACGAACCCUAGUAAUGGGAGCUCGUUACUGUCCCCCUGAAGAGUGGCUCAAACUCAAGGCCAGUUUGGAUGCAGCACGAGGGAAACUGGAGGGACGAGAGGCUGCACUUGCUGAUGCCUACAAAGCAGUGGAGUGUGAACUUGCCCUCGUUGGAUGCACUGGAAUUGAGGAUAAAUUGCAAGAUGGAGUGCCAGAGACACUCACUGCUCUCCGAGAGGCUGGAAUUCAGGUUUGGGUUCUGACUGGCGAUAAGGAGGAGACGGCCGUCAAUAUCAGCUUCUCUGCCGGUCAUUUUGCUCCCGGUUUACCUACAGUUCGUGUAACUCAAAAAGACAGCCUGAGGGAGUGCAUAGAAGCAGUCAACACACAGAUUGAAAGGGUUCAGGAGUCUCACAACCUCGAUUCCGCCUACACAUUCGGUCUGGUUAUUGAUGGUCAUUCACUAAACUACGCUUUGACUGCGGUUUUGAAAGAACAGUUUCUCAACCUUUGUCAAAUGGCCAGUUCUGUUCUCUGCUGUCGAUUAACACCCAUACAGAAGGCUGAGAUCGUACGAAUGAUGAAAGGUAGUCGUAGACCCAGUCCUGUCUGUUGUGCCGUUGGAGAUGGAGCAAACGACGUCUCCAUGAUUCUUGAAGCUCACGUUGGAAUCGGUCUAUUUGGAAAGGAGGGUCGUCAAGCUGUUCGUGCCUCCGACUACGCACUGGGAAAGUUUCGAUUUCUCAAACGUGCUCUCCUAUUUCAUGGAUUUCAUUACUACGUACGAACAGCAAAUCUCGUACAGUACUUUUUCUACAAAAAUCUCGUUUUCACACUGACUCAAGUGCUGUUUGGUAUAUUUUCCCUCUUCUCGUCUCAAAGCAUCUAUGCCAAUCUCUACCUCCUACUCUACAACAUUACCAUGACGUCUAUUCCAAUAGUAUGUUACGGCAUCUUUGAACAACGUGUGCCGGAGAUUGCAUUAAUGAGUAAUGCUGAAAUUUACAAGACAAUUUCUAAGAAUCGGCUACUCUGGUGGCGAAACUUCUUCAUUUGGCUUUCCUUCUCUGUGUGGCAUGGUUUGGUCAUCUUCUUUGGAACCUACUUCCUUGCCGGCGAGGGUGUUUCUAAUGGUGGAAAUGGUGGGAAUGCCAUUGGCGUUUUGGAGGGCUUUGGCUCUUUUAUGAUCGACUGUGCUUUCAUUACUGUGAACAUCAAAUUGAUGUUAGUCAGUUACCACUUCAACCUCUUCUUAAUAAUCUCCGUGGUGGGUACACUGGUGGUCAAUUUUGCCAUAUUCAUACUUGCCAACUAUGUCAAACUACCCAUUGGUGAGCAAUAUGCCCUACUAGGAGUAUGGACACGGAUUGGAACCGGUUUGGGCGCCUUUGUCUCCUACUUGGGACUUUUUGUCAUCUUUGGAUUGUGUUUUUUGCCGGAUCUCCUUUAUCGCCUCUAUUUGGACAGCAGAGCUGGGACUUACUCCCAACCAGCUGCCAAAUCAUCGGAAAUAACAACAGCGGAUGAGUCAAGUGGCUCGUACAAUUGUGCUGUCAAUGUUGCCUACUAUGGAAGCCUUACAAAUGUAAAUUUUCAUUCGUACAAAGUCAGGCACGUCGACCCCUCCGCCGCUUACUUGCGGCGCAUUCAAGAGGAGCAAGAGAAUAGAGCUGAUGAAAUAUGUUCUCCCAACUGUACGGGUCAUUCCUUUAACGUAUUUUUCACCAACACAACAAGUGAGGUCUCCUCUGCAGUAAUUCCCAAAGACGAUCCGUACUAUGUUCCACGACCUACGGACUCCUCUGAGUAUCGUCGAAUCAGUCCACAGGCUUUCUUACAAAAGUCCUCAUGA